ACCCGCCCAACGAGCCUCUUCCUCGUGAGUGUCCACUGUGUACUUUUUCAGCGGUAUUCUCCCUUACACAAUAUACAUAUAUAUUCAUUUUUACACGUUUUUAAACUUCUUCUACACAGCAGCCUUCGUCUGCAGGAGAAGUGGUGUUGAGGAGUCGACCAAACCCAAACAGACAUGAUGAACAUACCAGAAUACUAUGAAGGGAAAAAUGUGCUGAUCACUGGAGCAACUGGCUUCAUGGGAAAGGUCUUGCUGGAGAAACUGCUAAGGUCAUGCCCAGGAGUUAAUGCGGUCUAUGUGAUGGUCAGGUCCAAAGCAGGACAGAAUCCUCAGGCCCGUGUUACUGACAUGAUCAGUAGCAAGUUGUUUGGUAGGUUACAAGAAGAACAGCCUUACUUUGCAGAGAAGAUCAUUGCAGUCAGCUGUGACCUUACAAAGCCUGAACUGGAUCUGAGGAAGGAUAAGCAGAUCUUACUGGCUGAAAGCAUUCACAUUGUCUUCCACUGUGCCGCCACCAUUCGCUUCAAUGAGCCGCUCAAAGAUGCAAUGCAGUUGAAUGUGUUGGCCACUCAGAAGAUGCUAGCUCUGGCCCACAAGAUGAAGCAUCUGGAAGUCUUCAUCCAUGUGUCCACAGCUUAUGCCAACUGUGACCGAGAGCUGAUUGAGGAAGUCAUCUAUGCUCCGACUGUAGACUAUGUCAAACUCAUUGACACGCUGAAUUGGAUGGAUGAUGAGCUUGUAUCCACACUGACUCCCAAACUGAUAGGGCAACGUCCCAACACGUACACCUUCACAAAAGCAUUAGCAGAGUAUCUGGUGCAACAGGAAGCUGGGGACCUCAAUGUUGCCAUUGUCAGACCCUCCAUUGUUGGGGCCAGCUGGAAAGAACCUUUCCCAGGUUGGAUUGAUAAUUUCAAUGGACCCAGUGGAAUAUUCAUUGCAGCUGGCAAAGGGAUCCUCCGCACAAUGAGAGCAUCUAAUGAUGCUGUAGCUGAUCUGGUGCCUGUAGAUGUGGUCAUCAAUGCCACGCUAGCUGCUGCCUGGUACUCUGGAUCACAGAGAAGUAACAGGCCCAAAUCCAUCCUUGUUUACAACUGCACAACCGGUGGCAUCAACCCCUUUCACUGGGGACAAGUUGAAUACCAUGUAAUAUCUACUUUCAAGAGGAACCCUCUCGAACAGGCAUUCCGUCGGCCCAAUGUUAAUCUCACGACCAAUCACCUAAUCAAUCAGUACUGGAUUGCUGUGAGCCACAAAGCUCCAGCUUUUCUGUACGACGUGUACCUCAGGCUCAUUGGACAAGAACCCAGGAUGAUGAAGACGAUCACUCGACUCCACAAAGCCAUGAUGGUGCUGGAAUAUUUCACCAGUCACUCCUGGGUGUGGAACACCGACAAUGUCACCAUGUUAUUGGGAAACAUGAGCUCCGACGAUAAGAAGGUGUUUAAUUUUGAUGUUCGUCAGCUACACUGGGCAGAGUACAUGGAAAGUUACUGCAUGGGCACCAAAAAGUACGUACUCAAUGAAGAGCUGUCAGGUCUGCCUGCUGCACGCAAGCACCUCAACAGGCUCAGGAACAUCCGUUAUACUUUCAACACCACCCUGCUAGUGCUCAUUUGGCGCGUUUUCAUCGCCCGCUCUCAGAUGGCUCGAAACAUUUGGUACUUUGUGGUGAGCCUGUGCUUCAAGUUUCUCUCCUACUUCAGAGCCUCUUCCACCAUGAGAUAAUAAGCACUGGUUCAAAUGAGAAACAUCCAAACUACUCAAUGAACGCCAGCACCUGGCAUCCACAGCCUUAAUGUUCUAAUCUACCACUUUUAUAUUCAUAUUUCUGUCACGUCAUACAAUUAGAUUAUUGACAAGACUGGAAAUCAAACUGCCAAGCCUCUUAUGUUUCUAGUUUGAUACUUUUUGUACAUUAAAAAUGCUAAAAGCAGUCCAAUAUUUAUAACAUAAUCAAAAAUUAGUGUUAUAUCUCAUUAGUAAUACAAUCUUUAAUUUUUGGCCUGAAAAUGGCCCCCAGGCUGCACUUUGGACACCCCUGCCUUACAUAAACCAGAACAUUCCCUAAGAUAUUUAUUGGUACUAUUAAGUUACAUCAGCAUCACUUGCUAAUCAAUCUUUAUGUUGCUUCAUUUGGGACACUUUGAAAUUGCCAUAUCUUAUAAGUUCAUAAGUAGUGUGUGUCAUUGUGACAUGAGAUACAUAUUAUAUAUGUGUGUGAGUGUGUGUGUGUGUUUGGUUUGCUUUUCUCAAUGUAUGUGCCAAGAAAGGUAAAAAUUAAUCAUGCUUGUGAUGCAUUUGCCGCCAUGUUUUUGAUAUUAUCCAUGUAGUUCAUCAUGAAAUCUUGCAAGUUGAUGCUUUAUCCUGUUUGCUUAACAACACUAACAUGUUUGUUACCUCGUUAAUGUCUGCCUUGUCCUCUGACACGGCUGAAAGCACAAAUACAACGGAGGCCGUUUAAGUCGACAAGUGGACCAACUCAUCAAGUCCUGGUCCACCAUGUUCUACUUAGUACUAAAACAGCGGCCCUCGACAUACAUGAUCAUGGCUUAUGUCGACAUAAAACGUGAAAGGGUCAAUUUUUUUUUUAAAUGACUUAGUUGAACUUCAUCAGAUUUGUGGUCAUGUGAAAACCAAUAAAAACAAAGGAAGAAAGAUAGGAGAGGCGACACAAACUGUCACUUACCUUCAAAACUUUGAAUUUGGACUAAAGUGCAUAUGUAUACAUAUAUAUGUAUAUUUAUGUAUACGUACACAUAUAUAUGCACAUAUAUACAGUAUGUAUACAUGUACAGGCCAAAAGUUUGGACACACCUUCUCAAUCACAACACUACUGAUGGUCCCAACCCCAUUGAUAAAGCAAGAAAUUCCACUAAUCAGCACACCUGUGAAGUGAAAACCAUUUCAAGUGACUACCUCUUGAAGCUCAUUGAGAGAAUGCCAAGAGUGUGCAAAGCAAUAAUCAGUGCAAAGGGUGGCUAUUUUGAAGAAACUAGAGUAUAAAACAUGUUUUCAGUUAUUUCACCUUUUUUUUGUUAAAUGCAUAACUCCACAUGUGUUCAUUCAUAGUUUUGAUGCCUUCAGUGACAAUCUACAAUGUAAAUAGUCAUGAAAAUAAAGAAAAUACAUUAAAUGAGAAGGUGUGUCCAAACCUUUGGCCUGUACUGUAUAUGCAUGCAUAUAUAUAUAUAUACAUAUAUAUAUAUAUAUAUGUAUAUGUAUGUAUGUAUAUAUAUACACACACUACCGUUCAAAAGUUUGGGGUCACCCAAACAAUUUGUGGAAUAGCCUUCAUUUCUAAGAACGAUAAUAGACUGUCGAGUUUCAGAUGAAAGUUCUCUUUUUCUGGCCAUUUUGAGCGUUUAAUUGACCCCACAAAUGUGAUGCUCCAGAAACUCAAUCUGCUCAAAGGAAGGUCAGUUUUGUAGCUUCUGUAACGAGGUAAACUGUUUUCAGAUGUGUGAACAUGAUUGCACAAGGGUUUUCUAAUCAUCAAUUAGCCUUCUGAGCCAAUGAGCAAACACAUUGUACCAUUAGAACACUGGAGUGAUAGUUGCUGGAAAUGGGCCUCUAUACACCUAUGUAGAUAUUGCACCAAAAACCAGACAUUUGCAGCUAGAAUAGUCAUUUACCACAUUAGCAAUAUAUAGAGUGUAUUUCUUUAAAGUUAAGACUAGUUUAAAGUUAUCUUCAUUGAAAAGUACAGUGCUUUUUCUUCAAAAAUAAGGACAUUUCAAUGUGACCCCAAACUUUUGAACGGUAGUUGUGUGUAUAUAUAUAUAUGUGUAUAUAUAUAUAUAUAUA